UAGAUAUUUGGUGUUUUCCCGCGCUAACAAAGACGUAUCGAUAUAAAAAGAACCAGGGCAAUUUCCGUGUAUAUAGAUAUACUAUACGCUUUACGACGAUUUAUUUCAUUUUAAUGUAGUAUCUAAUCGAUUAAACAUUCGGCUUGAGUUGACGCCUUUUCUGUCAGAAUGUUGAAGUUUUUGAUCGCUUUCUCUAUAAUUAGCAUUGCUGCUGCUGUCGAUUCUCCAGAUGGUGAUCCAGUGCUACGGAUGGAUUCAAGAGUCUACAAAAGAUGCAUUGAAGAUUCGAAUAACGAAGUUGCUAAAUUUGAUGUACUCCCUAUUUAUGGAUGGGAUAACCUUCGGAAUAAAUAUGGUGGUAUGGUGAUCGAACCUAGUAUCACAGCGGGUGCGGCUUUGGUUCAAGAGGAUUUUGUAACUCGACAGUUUAUGGCACAAAAUGAAAACCAAAAGCGAACUAUUUUGGCUUCUGCAAGUGCAAACUUUUUCAAUAUAGUCCACGCAAGCUUUAGUCGUUCAUCGACGGUAUCCAGUUCCACCAAACAAUCCUACGAAAAAAGCAUAACCAGCUCUCAGAUAAUGGCGUAUGGUGGAUCGGUGUUUACAUUUCAAGAUUACUCUGUAAACAAAUGGGCAGAAAAAUUGGAUAAGAAUUUAGUAGCUAUGGACAGAGCAGGUGAACCACUCCAUCUUUUAAUAACCCACGAAAACCUGCCAGAAAUCCCCACUUUCUUAGCUCAUCAAGUUAAGCAACACGUUUAUGAUGCCAUAUGGAAAUACUAUGAAUAUAAUAUAUACCGAGGCUGUAUGAAUUUGGACUCUCCCAAUUUCUCAUACAUAGCCAAUGUUGAUGAUGAAAGUUGCGAGGCUGCUGCAUCGAAUUUAACUUUUGGUGGAGUUUAUCAGAUGUGUACCAUGACUCGAAGAGAUGCUGGUGAUCUUUGUGGAAAGUUGAGCCAGGAGAAUCCCAAAACAGGAAAAUUUUCAUGUCCUGCCAAUUAUCAAGCCGUGAAACUCUACACGGAAGAUUACAAACGAUCAACUCCCUACAGAAACUGUAGAAAAUGUGGAUGGUGGAGUCGCUGCUGUUCCUCGGGCACCAGACGUUCGUAUGCCACUUUAACAGUCUACUGGUGUGUCGCAUUAAAACCCGUUCCUCGCAACUCUGGUUACUUGUUUGGAGGUGUUUACUCUUCCCGUGUUGACAACCCAGUUACAAUGGAUAAUUCCUGUCCAGAUACCUAUAUAUCGAGAAUGAUCGGCAGUGAUCUGUAUGUUUGUUUGAGUGAUGAUUUUGAACUAGGAAAUCGACUUUCUCUACCAUUUGGUGGAUUCUUUAGCUGUAAUAGUGGUAAUCCCUUAGCCGGAGCCACGCCAAGCACUCCCGGUAACAACAAACAAGGACCUAAAGAAUGUCCCAAAGGUUACAGUCAACAUCUUGCCAUCAUUAGCCAAGAAUGUUCUGUGUAUUAUUGUGCUGCUUCAGGGUCAUUUUCUGUGAACGGCCCAGCCCCGAUACAAAGACCACCAUUCAGUGAGGAACCACAAUAUGUUCCUGAUAACGAACAGUUUGUAUUUUAUAAUCUAAAUACUAGUAAAUGGGAAAUGGCCCGGGAUGAAGAAACAAUGGAGAAGAUGAAACCUGAAACUAGUAAAUUGAUAGCUCGGUCUCUUUCUACAGUACCAGCUCUUAACUUGGUGUUGACAAUUUUUACAGCUGCUAUUGUUAUCGUUAUUCUUUAGGUUGUGA